AUGGCGGAUCGGACUGCUCCCCGCUGCCAGUUGAGAUUAGAAUGGAUCUACGGAUACAGAGGGCAUCAGUGCCGCAACAACCUGUACUACACAGCUGGCAAAGAAGUGGUUUACUUCGUAGCUGGAGUUGGCGUCGUUUAUAAUACAAGAGAGCACACACAGAAGUUCUUUCUUGGUCAUAACGACGACGUUAUCAGCUUGGCCUUGCAUCCAGAGAAAUCUCUCGUAGCCACAGGGCAGGUGGGCAAAGACCCUUACAUUUGUGUGUGGGACACGUUCAGUGUGCAGACUGUCUCCAUCCUGAAGGACACCCACUCCCAUGGAGUCGCCUGUUUGGCCUUCAGCGCAGAUGGACAGCGGUUGGUUUCUGUGGGGCUUGAUGCUAAAAAUACUGUGUGUGUAUGGGAUUGGAAAAAAGGCAAAGUUCUGGCCACAGCAACCGGACAUUCAGACAGGAUAUUUGACAUUACCUGGGACCCGUUCCAGCAGAAUCGGCUAGUGAGUUGUGGGGUAAAGCACAUUAAGUUCUGGUCAAUGUGUGGGAAUGCCUUGACACCCAAACGGGGAAUAUUUGGGAAAACAGGAGAUUUACAAACCAUUCUUUGCGUGGCAUCAGCGAAGGAUGACAUCACAUACUCAGGAGCAUUGAAUGGAGAUAUUUAUGUAUGGAAAGGACUGAACCUGAUUCGCACCAUACAGGCAGCCCAUGGGGCAGGCAUAUUCAGUAUGUAUUCCUGCGAGGAGGGUUUUGCCACCGGAGGCCGGGAUGGUUGCAUUCGACUGUGGGACAUCGAUUUUAAACCCAUUACAAAAAUUGACCUUCGAGAAACCGAACAGGGAUACAAAGGACUAUCUAUCCGCAGUGUGUGUUGGAAAGCAGACCGCAUCCUGGCAGGGACUCAGGACAGUGAGAUCUUUGAAGUGAUGGUGCGUGACAGGGACAAGCCGCUGCUGAUCAUGCAGGGCCACUCUGAGGGCGAGCUCUGGGCUUUGCAUGUCCACCCCAAGAAACCGCUCGCAGUGACCGGCAGUGACGACCGCUCUGUCCGGUUGUGGAGCCUGGCAGACCAUGCUCUGAUUGCGCGCUGUAACAUGGAAGAGGCAGUUCGCAGCGUGGCUUUUAGCAGUGACGGCUCCCAGCUAGCCCUGGGCAUGAAGGAUGGCUCCUUUACUGUGCUUCGCGUCAGGGACAUGACGGAGGUGGUACACAUCAAAGACAGGAAGGAGGUGAUCCAUGAGAUGAAAUUUUCUCCUGAUGGAGCCUAUUUGGCCGUGGGCUCUAAUGACGGACUUGUGGAUAUUUACGCCGUAGCACAACGCUACAAAAAGGUGGGAGAGUGCAACAGAUCCUCCAGCUUCAUCACACACCUAGACUGGUCCAUCGACAGCAAGUUUUUACAGACCAAUGAUGGAGCAGGCGAACGCUUCUUCUAUCGAAUGCCAACUGGAAAGCACUUAACCACCAAAGAGGAGGUCAAAGGGAUCCACUGGGUAACCUGGACUUGUGUUAUUGGCCCAGAGGUGAGUGGCAUCUGGCCAAAGUACAGCAACAUCAACGACAUUAAUGCUGUGGAUGCUAACUAUAGCAGUGCUGUUCUGGUUACCGGCGACGACUUCGGCCUUGUCAAAUUAUUCCGGUUCCCUUGCCUGAAGAAAGGAGCAAAAUUCAAGAAAUACAUUGGCCAUUCUGCUCAUGUGACCAAUGUGCACUGGUCACAUGACCUCCAGUGGGUGUUGACGACAGGAGGGGCGGAUCACUCGAUAUUCCAGUGGAGGUUCCUGCCAGAGGGUGUCAUUAAUGGUGUCCUUGAGCCCCUCCUCCAAGAUGGAUAUGUAGACUCCAACAGUGAGGAGUCAGACUCAGAUGUUUCUGAUGUUCCAGAGCUGGACUCUGAUAUUGAACAGGAGACCCAGAUCAACUAUGACCGCCAGGUGUAUAAGGAGGAUCUACCUCAGCUUAAGCAGCAGAGCAGAGAGAAGAAACAGUUAAUUGGGUCUCUUAAACGCCAAAGAGGCCCUGACGUGGGACUCAGACUGCAGUUUGUCCAUGGUUACAGGGGAUAUGACUGCAGGAAUAACCUGUUUUACACUCAGACCGGUGAGGUGGUAUACCAUGUGGCCGCUGUGGGGGUGGUUUAUAACAGGCAACAGCACACCCAACGCUUUUAUCUGGGACAUGAUGAUGACAUCCUCUGCCUAACUGUUCAUCCAAUCAAAGACUUUGUCGCCACAGGCCAGGUUGGCAGGGACCCAGCUGUACACGUGUGGGACAUUCAAACCCUGAAGUGCCUCUCUCUGUUGAAAGGCCAUCACCAGAGAGGAGUCUGUGCCCUUGACUUCUCUGCGGAUGGGAAGUGCCUGGUUUCGGUUGGCAUUGAUGACGACCACUCCAUCAUCGUCUGGGACUGGAAGAAAGGGGAAAAACUGGCAACUGCUAGGGGACAUAAAGACAAACUCUUUGUUGUAAAAUGCAAUCCUUUACUCAUGGACAAGCUUGUGACAGUGGGCAUGAAGCAUAUAAAGUUCUGGCAGCAUGCAGGUGGUGGCCUUACGUUCAAGCGGGGGAGUUUUGGAAACUUGGGGAAGCCGGAGACGAUGAUGUCGGUUUGUUACGGGCGAACAGAAGAGCUGGUUUUCUCUGGUGCUGCCACUGGAGAUGUGUACAUUUGGAAAGAGCCCAUGCUUCUGAAGACUGUCAAAGCACACGACGGACCUGUUUUUGCCAUGUUCUCUUUAGACAAGGGAUUUGUGACAGGAGGAAAAGACGGAGUAGUGGAGCUCUGGGAUGACAUGUUUGAGAGAUGUCUUAAAACCUACGCCAUCAAGAGAGCCAGUCUGUCUCCAGGAUCCAAAGGGCUGCUUCUGGAAGAUAACCCUUCUAUUCGUGCCAUUGCUUUGGGACACGGACACAUCCUGGUGGGAACAAAGAAUGGAGAGAUACUUGAAAUAGACAAGACUGGCCCAAUGACCCUGCUGGUUCAGGGUCAUAUGGAGGGGGAGGUAUGGGGGCUGGCUGCUCAUCCUCUACUCCCCGUUUGUGCCACAGUGAGCGAUGACAAAACCCUGAGAAUAUGGGAGCUUUCUGCCAACCACCGCAUGGUGGCCGUCCGCAAACUUAAGAAAGGUGGAAGAUGCUGUGCCUUCUCCCCUGAUGGGAAAGCCUUAGCAGUGGGCCUCAAUGAUGGAAGUUUUCUGGUGGUGAAUGCGGACACACUGGAAGAUUUGGUGUCUUUCCAUCACAGGAAAGAAGUCAUCUCCGACGUGAGAUUUUCACCAGAUGCUGGUAAAUACCUUGCUGUAGCCUCUCAUGAUAACUUUGUGGAUAUUUACAAUGUCCUGACCAGUAAAAGAGUGGGAAUCUGUAAAGGAGCCUCCAGCUACAUCACACACAUAGACUGGGACACUCGUGGUAAAUUGCUGCAAGUUAAUUCUGGUGCCAAAGAGCAAUUAUUCUUCGAGGCCCCAAGGGGGAAGAGACAAAUUAUACGCAAUUCCGAGAUUGAGAAGAUUGAAUGGGCCACUUGGACUUGUGUACUGGGUCCGACCUGUGAGGGCAUCUGGCCCACUCACAGUGACAUCACUGACGUUAACGCCUCUUCCCUCACCAAAGACAGAAAGCUGCUAGCAACUGGAGAUGACUUUGGUUUCCUUAAACUCUUCAGUUAUCCAGCUAGGGGUCAAUAUGCCAGGUUUAAACGGUACAUGGGCCACAGUGCCCAUGUGACUAAUGUGCGUUGGGCACAGGAUGAUGUCACGUUACUGACUGUGGGCGGGGCCGACACUGCACUAAUGAUCUGGGUGCUGGAUACUGAUGGGAGCAGAGAGAGCCGUCCAGUUGAUAGUGAGGAGUCUGAGGAGGACACAGAGGAAGACGGGGGGUAUGACAGUGAUGUUGCCAGAGAGAAAAGCAUUGACUACACGACUAAGAUCUACGCUUUGAGCAUCCGGGAAAUGUCUGGCACCAAACCCCACCAGCAGCAGAAAGAGGCGUCAGCAGAAGAGAGGCAGGGCAUUGUCAAGGGAUCCAGACCUCCUGUCAGUCGAGCUGCUCCCCUGCCAGAGAAACUGCAGAAGAACAACAUUUCUAAGAAGAGGAAGUUGGUGGAGGACCUGGUGUUGGACCAUGUGUUUGGGUUCAGAGGAUUUGAUUGUCGAAACAAUCUUCACUACCUCAAUGACGGUGCUGACAUCGUCUUCCAUACUGCUGCCACUGCUUUGGUUCACAGCCUCACCACAGGCACACAGAGUUUCUACCUGGAGCACACCGACGACAUUCUCUGUUUAACUGUCAAUCAACAUCCUAAAUACAAAAAUGUCAUCGCCACCGGACAGAUUGGGACUACUCCCUGUAUCCACGUAUGGGAUGCCAUGAGCAAACAAACUCUGUCCAUCCUGCGCUGCUCCCACGGGAAGGGUGUCGGCUAUGUCAACUUCAGUGCCACAGGCAAACUGCUGCUCUCUGUGGGGGUGGAUCCAGAGCACACCAUCACGGUGUGGCGUUGGCAGGAGGGGGCCAAAGUGACCAGUAAAGGGGGCCACACUGAACGCAUCUUUGUUGUGGAGUUUCGGCCAGACUCAGACUCCCAGUUUGUCUCGGUGGGGAUCAAACAUAUUAAGUUUUGGACACUAGCAGGAGGCUCUCUGAUGUAUAAGAAAGGUGUUGUGGGGUCAGUGGAAGAUGCCAGAAUGCAGACCAUGCUGUCUGUGGCUUUUGGUGCUAAUAACCUGACGUUCACGGGUGCCAUAAACGGGGAUGUGUAUGUUUGGAGGGAUCACCAUCUGGUGAGAGUGGUUGCCAAAGCUCACACUGGACCGGUGUUUACCAUGUACACUACGCUGAGAGAUGGGCUUAUUGUCACUGGAGGGAAGGAAAGACCGACAAAAGAAGGAGGUGCGGUAAAACUGUGGGAUCAGGAGAUGAAGCGUUGUCGGGCUUUCCAGCUGGAGACGGGUCAGAUGGUUGAGUGUGUCAGAUCUGUCUGUCGGGGAAAGGGUAAAAUCUUGGUUGGAACCAAAGAUGGAGAGAUCAUUGAAGUUGGAGAGAAGAACGCUGCCUCUAACAUCCUGAUAAAUGGGCACAUGAAAGGAGAGAUCUGGGGUCUGGCGACACACCCCAGCAAAGACAUUUUCAUCUCUGCCAGUGAUGAUGGAACCAUUCGGAUAUGGGACCUGGUGGACAAGAAACUGUUGAAUAAAGUAAGCCUGGGUCAUCCAGCCAAAUGUGCGAGCUACAGCCCCGAUGGAGAGAUGGUGUCCGUGGGCAUGAAAAAUGGAGAGUUUAUCAUUCUCCUCACAAACUCGCUGAAGAUGUGGGGCAAGAAGCGUGACAGAAGCUCGGCCAUACAGGACAUUCGGUUCAGUCCGGAUAAGCAUCUUUUGGCGGUUGGCUCGGUGGAGUGCACAGUGGAUCUGUAUGAUCUGACACAGGGACCCUCCCUCAACCGCAUUGGCUACUGCAAGGACAUUCCCAGUUUCGUCAUCCAGAUGGACUUCUCAGCAGACAGCAAAUACAUUGAGGUGUCCACAGGUGCCUAUAAGCGUCAGGUGCACGAAGUGCCCUCAGGAAAGUUGGUGACAGAACAGUCGCUUAUCGAUAGGAUAACCUGGGCCACAUGGACAAGCAUCCUUGGAGAUGAAGUUUUGGGAAUUUGGCCGAGGAAUGCAGACAAAGCUGAUGUCAACUGUGCCUGCGUCUCACAUUCUGGCCUGAAUGUUGUCACGGGAGACGACUUUGGACUGGUCAAACUCUUUGAUUUUCCCUGCCCUGAGAAAUUUGCCAAACAUAAGCGGUACUUCGGACAUUCUGCUCAUGUGACCAACGUAAGAUUUUCCCAUGAUGACAAGCACGUGAUCAGCACUGGAGGAGAUGAUUGCAGCGUGUUUGUGUGGAAAUGCCUCUAA